UGAUGCGCUGUGUGGGCGGGACUUCCUGGUGUUCUACUCCGUGAUUGGCGGCUCCAGCCUCUGACCCCAGUGCGCAGACUCGUGCUUCUCUCCGGUACAAUGGCGGCAGUUGGAGCGCCGUCCUCCGUGUUUUCUCGGGUUUCUGUCCACGGAGCAGCAGCGGGAGAGUUAAUAAAGCUGUAAGACAGAAACAGCAGCAGUUGGUGAACCCUGGAAAGAAGAGAAACGGUUUGAGGCUCAGCUGGAACUGCUCAGUAACUGUUAAAGGAAAGUUUGGAGAGAGAAAAGCUAGCAGAGAUGUGGAGACAGCAGGUCAAACAGCGACUGGAUGCAGCAGAGGAGCAGAGACACGAAAUACUGGAUGCUGCUUUCAGCCCCGAACAUCGGCUGCACACAUCAGAGCUGCCUGCAGAUGUUCAGCAGGUUCUGCUGGUUAAAAAAGAACCAAGUCCUGAUCUGGACCAGAACCACCCAGAACCCGUCCACAUGAAGGAGGAAGAAGAGGAACCCUGGAGCAGCCAGCAGGGGGAGCCGCUCAGCGUGAAGGAGGAGGCUGAUGCCUCCAGGUCUCCAGUCAUUGCUGUUCUCAUAAAGAGCGAAGAUGAUGAAGAGGAACCUCUGAUCUCUCAUCUUCAUCAAACAGAAGAUGAAGAACUGCCAAGCAGCAGCUCAGCUCAGCAGAUGAAGGCAACAACUGAAGGAGAGGAAGAUGCAGAAGAUGUGAACACUCCCAGAGACGCCGCCGACUCUUCAGAGUCUGAGGUCACUGAUGAUGGAGAGGAUGAUGGUGUGGAGCAGCCUGACUCAGGGUCUGAAACUGAAGACAGUGAUGAUGAGUGGAAGGACAGCAGGACUCCUGAUUCAGGGGUCAACAGAUCCCUGAGCUGCUCUGAAUGUGGCCAGCAGUUUAACAACAAGCGCUCUCUUCAGAGUCACAUGGCCGAUCAUUCAGCACCAACGUCUUCAAGCUCAGCCAGUGAGGUCCAGGCAGGUCUGAAGCUGUAUGGUUGUCCUGACUGCGGUAAAUGCUUCAGCAAGAAGGAUUAUCUCAACAAACACAUGAAAUGCCACACAGGAGAGAAACCCUACGGGUGUGAUGUUUGUGAACAAAGAUUCAGAGUUAAGUCUAAAUUAAAUCGACACAUGAAAAUUCACACAGGAGAAAAACCAUUUAGUUGUGAGGUUUGUGAACAAAAAUUUAGAGUUAAAUCAAGUUUAAACAGACACAUCAGAGUCCACACAGGAGACAAACCGUUUAGCUGUGACUUUUGUGGGCGAAAAUUUCGUAAUAAGUCAACUUUAAACAAUCACAUCAGAAUUCAUGCUGGAGAAAAAGCAUUUAUUUGUGAUGUUUGUGAACAGAAGUUCAGGUUAAAAUCAACUUUAAAAAGUCACAUGAAAGUUCACACAGGAGACAAACCAUUUAUUUGUGAUGUUUGUGGGCAAAGAUUUAUCGGAAAGUCUGCUUUAAACCGCCACAUGGCAAUCCACACAGGAGAUAAACCAUUUGGUUGUGAUGUCUGUGGGAAAAGAUUCAGUGAAAAUUCUCAUUUAAACUGCCACAUGAGAAUCCACACAGGAGACAAACCGUUUAGUUGUGAUGUUUGUGAGCAAAGAUUUCGAUUCAAGUCAAAUCUAAACAGACACGUGAAAAGUCACACAGGAGAAAGACCUUAUGGAUGUGACGUUUGUGGACGAAGAUUUUUUCAGAAGUCUGCUUUAAAUGGUCACAUGACAAUCCACAGACGAGAUAAACCAUUUGGUUGUGAUGUAUGUGGUCGAAGAUUUACUGCAAAACCCACCUUAAAAAAUCACAUGAGGAUCCACACUGGAGGAGAAACUGCUUAGGGAACAAGAAAUGCUUGUUCUGCCCUUCAAGAACGGGCUCUCUCUGGGUACUCCCACGGUCUAAAAACAUGGCUACCCGUCUCUCUAAACUGCCUUUGUGUCCGCACACUUUAUGUUCUUUGUAUAGACAAUAAUGGACAGAUAUGGAAAAAGCCACGCAGUAGACGAACAGGAUUUAUCGAGUCUCAUGGCAGUUCAGGCUGUAAAAAAUCACAUGUAGAUCCACAAAGGAAGAAUUAUCAAUAUUAAGACAAUGCAGGAAUGUUCACCCUUUAUUAAACCAACAGAAGUAUUUUGUGAUGCAGGUUAUUGAUUGAGUUGAACUAAAGUUGAUUGAUCUCAUUGAUAGACUAUCAGUUCAUUGAUGAGUGAUGAUUUUCUUAAAAUCCUGAGUUUUGCCUUGAAGAGGCUGAGCUGUCUUUCCUUCCAUCAAGGGCUACAUUUUCAUAAAAUACUGAAUUAAAAAAGGAACGGCAUAUAUAUUUUAACAUUUUUUGUGUGAAACACUGACUGAAUAAACAGAAAUUUUUAUGUCUCACAUUAUUAAAUUUAGACAAUUUAGACUCAUAAAAUAUUACAGACUUGAACCUGUUUUAUUUCUGAUCAAGGGAGGAAAUCCAUUUGAUUAUUGGGGGCAAAUUGUUUAAGAGCAGCAAAGUUACAGCGAAACGUAACGUGAAAUAUGGUUUAAAACGUUUUAAUGUGUCCAAGCUGUAAGUGCUGCUGAUGCUUAACAUGUUUUUCUCAGUAAACUAAAAUGAAAAUGUCUAGUUUGGUUCAGAGUCACUGAUAAAAUCUCUGCUACACCUUUAUGAAAAUGUAAAGCUCUAAAUAAAAACCAGUUUUAAUGAGUGUCUCCACUUAAUACAAUUCCUCAGAAAUAUUCAUUUAUUGCAUAUAUCUGUUGUUUAGUGGUAAAAUAUACAAGUUAAAUAUAUGAAUAUGUUGUUCAAUUAUUUCCUUCAUUCAUUCAAUGCUAGCAUCACCCAGUUCUACAUCAUCUAGUUCUACAUUCCUUCACUGAGACUUUAAUCUGCUGCUAGUUUAUAAAUUACUGAAAGAUUAAAGAUCUGCUGCUGGAUCAACCUGCUGGUUCUGGUUCUGGUUCUGGUUCUGUUCUGCAUCAGAACCAAACAUCCUUUUUUUCACUAAAGUUCAUCUGAAUAAUUCAAAGAGGAAACGAAGUCGGCUGGAUUAUUCAGAUGAACUUUAGUGAAAAAAGGAUGAACGAAUCGUACAGAGUUUAGUUAUUCAGCUAACAUAACUCUUUUCUCGGAAACCAACCGUCCUCAGUUCACUUCUUCCUCUAACCUCAAGUUCUUCUUCUACUAGUUCUAAAGCAUCAUGGGAUAUAGAGUCCAUUCUGUUAAAGGUCCACAAUAGUCAGUUUUGAACCAGAUGCUAACUAUCAAAUGCUAACUAAAUUUAUGAAACAACUGCAACUAAAAUAGUUACUUAUAUUAAAUUAUAAUAUUCCAAAUAAUAAGUCCUAAGCAAAUCCUGCUUAAACCCAAAACAAAUUCUCAACAUCCUGAUUAGCAUCAGUUAGCAUGGUCACGCUAACAGAGGCUGAACAUCCAUUUGACUGUUUCCUUUCCCCGCUCUGCCUACAUGAAGCCUUUGUGUAAUCUGCAGAAGAGCGUAGGUCACCUGGUCAGGUUAGAGAGGGACUGGGUCAGAGUCCAGGUGAGGAUCAGCAGAUUUACUUCCACAGGUGGAGCGUCGCAGCUUUUAUGCUCCACCUGAUGUGACCAAGUGUAGCAAAUGAGCCGAACGCAUCGACUGAAAACGUCCUCAGAAGGAGCAUUCAUGUUGGUUUGAAUAAAAUAAAAGAAGGAACUUAUGAAAUGUGUAAUUAAAGUAACUGAUUCAAACAGCUUUCUUCAAAAAAACAUCUUCCCUAAAAUGAGAAUUACAAAAUAAAACCUUUACACCAGAAAAGACAGCAGUGGGCAAAUCAAUCAGAUUCUACAAUAGAAAUACAGAAAAGCAUCACUAAGCAUUUUAUACACAGGUUAAAACUUGACAUGCAGCUUUAAAUGAAACUGUGGUGGAUGCUCCGCCCACCACCACAUCGUGUUAGUAUUUUUUCCAUAUAUUAUAUUACAGUUUAUACGUUUAAGUUGGUUAUUUCAUUUAGACAUAUAUUUUCUAAUGGGUGCACACUGAUUUAAUGUCUGUCUGAAUGGUUUAUUUAUACUUGUUCUUUGUUUGAGGUGCUGCUGAGACAAACCAGCUGGAGGAGGAAACCUGGAGCAAACCAUUUGUUUGAAAGACUGAAGGGGGAAGACUUGUUUCAAGUUGUUUUUAAUUAGUUAAUUUUGUCACUUAAAUAUUCACUUAUUGUUUCUGCUAAGUAAGAGUUAGUUUUGCUUCAUUUAUUUCAUAGAAUGCUUUAGUUAAUUUUGUAUUUAUUUGUUCUUUUGUUAUGUCGUGCCUCCCUCUUGUGGUAGAUUUAGGUUACUCCACCCCUAUUUAAGCCUUUUGUUCUUUGUUGGCAGGUCAGUUUUCUUUGUGUUCAGUUAGAAUUCAGUUGACCUCAGUUAAAUUGGGCCCAAAAUUGUUAUUUAUUCUUUGACUUAUUUUUGCAUUAAAUCUUUAUGUUUUGUUUGCUAUUUUGGAAUAAUUAAAUUGAAUUUUUGCUACUUUGAACAUUUUUUUGUCCUCGUUUUAGUCUGGUCCCUCACAGAAACAUUUCUGUAAGCUUCUUAUUUAACCACCUCAAAGCUGUUAGAAGACUCGCAGCUGGGAUGAUGGUGGGAGUUUGUUGGUUCGAUUCCCGGUGCACAGCAGCCUGGUCUCCACAGUCAGGAAGCUUGGCGUGUGAAGGGGUGAAGGGGUGAAGGGGUGAAUGUCCUCUGGGUCGGUCACUUCCAGAGCAGUCUGGACUUUCUCCUCUGGACUCAGACCUGGGAGGUAGAAGCUAAGCAGUUGUAACAAAACCACUGUGUUUGUUUUCCUUUGACUAAAUAAAGUAAAUAUAUCAGAGUUUUUUUUAGAACAGUUUCCGUUACUUGGCUGUUGAAUGAUUCUAAGUUUCCACUGUUUAAAACCAGCAUCAUGCUGGGCUGACAUUAGCAUAAAAAGCGGCACAACCGGCGAGGGAGACGCGCACGGCGGGAGAUUUGCCUUUAUGAACGUGUGAAACAAGAAGAAGAGAAAGAAAAGACAUAAACGGCAGUCAGGGUUCGCCCUGCGCCACAGACUGGAAACUGGAUCGGCGCCGAGGGGGAAGAACGACAUCUGGAAUUUCUUCUUUCUGCAGGUUUUUGGUGCCACCAAUAUUUUUUCUCAUCAUUUUUGGGGGAUUUUGUCGUCUUGAAUUUUUCAUUUUGGAUUGAAACAGGGAAUAAUGCAGGACUUUGUUGUAUGAGGCUAUGGGACUCUAUUGUGGACAUUAUUCUGAUUAAAAUGAACUGAAGUUUUUGGAAAUUUAUUGAUUUCUGUUUUGUGCUGACAUAAACUGAGUGAUUUAAAUCUAACCUUAUAUUAUUUUUGAGGGAUAUUUGGUUACUGAUCUGUUAUUUGUCAGAAUAACUUAUUAUUUCUUAGUAUUAUGAUUUUUGAAUAAAUCAUUGUUGCUAAAAAUCAACAAAUUCCAUAUUAAGAGGUUGAAUAUUUUAUUUUUGA